AGCAAGGCAAAAUCGUUUGAAUUAGUAGCCGGACUGAAACAAGUGACGAGCUAGGGUCUAGAACAAAAUGUGGUUAUCAUCAUUUGCAUUUUGGAUUUUUCUCUGCGGGACUGUAAAGUCUGCAACAGACACUGAUGUUAGAAAUUUACUGACGGAACUAUUCACAACGAGGUCGUACGACAAACUCGUGCGACCAAUUAUUAACCAAUCAGAACCAGUUGAUGCUCUUGUAGAAUAUUUUCUGUAUGGACUAAAUGAUGUUAACGAAGUCGAGCAAAGAAUGACCACAACUGGGUUCAUUGAAGUCCAGUGGAAGGAUGAAUUCUUAUCAUGGGAUCCAAAUUCAUAUGAUGGUUUAUGGUAUAUAUACGUACCCCAGGGGAAAGUAUGGAAACCUGACAUUUCCCUUGGAAACGGUUUCAAAGACCUUAAAGAACUGGGUUCAGAUUUUAUUCAAGUCUAUAUUACGUCUGAUGGAUUCGUACUUUGGAAGCCAUUUCAAAUUUUUCAAUCGAAAUGUAACCUUGACCCCACUUAUUUUCCAUUCGAUAAACAAACUUGUAAUUUAGAAUUUGUCGUCUGGAGUUUGGAUAUUGAUGACGUCAUGUUGCAUGUAGGUUCGGAUGGAAUUAACAUGAAUGAAGCCAUGGAAAGUAAUGGACAAUGGGAUGUGGUCUCCUCUAGUUCGUCAGAUGAAACGGAGUCAUUCGAAACGAAGGUCAUUUUUUCCAUAAAAAUGAAACGCAAACCGUUAUUUAUCGUCAUGAACAUAAUAAUACCCAUAAUUCUUUUGUCCAUCCUUAAUAUAUUCACAUUCCAGAUUCCAGCUGAUUGCGGAGAAAGAAUGGGGUAUACAAUCACAGUCUGGCUAUCGUUUGCCGUCUUUCUUACAAUAGUGAGCGCUUCUUUGCCAAAAAGUUCUGAUACCACUCCUAUUAUUUCUAUUUAUAUCAUGGUGCAACUUGGCAUAGGCACAGCAACUGUCCUUGUAUCGGCAGUGCAAUCUCGAUUCGUAUCAAGAUCGGACGAUAAACCUGUGACGUUAUGGUUACAACGUCUUACACUCAUUGGACGAUCAAGAGUCAAACCAAAUGCUGUUGAAAAGAUGAACAUUGUUGAAGAGAAAGUGAAUUGGAAAAGUGGUAUCGCUGCAUUAGAUGUACUAUUCUUUUGGUUAUUUUUUAUCCUUCUUGCUAUUACCACUUUCGUUAUUUUGAUGAUAUCAGCUUUUAGCAAUAAUUGAUAUGUUUACAAAUACCAUUACUUUAUUAUACCAAUCAUCGGCCCA